AGACGUGAAUGACACAUUGCCAUUAUGCGCCCCGACAGCGUUUGCUCCCAUGUUGACGAGCAUGGGAGUGGGUUCUGGUCCGCCGUCGGAAACGCCUGUGCAAUGGGAGGCCUGACAGCUGAGCCAUGGACGUCCUGGCAUCUCCAAGCACAGAACGAUCCUGGCAAAAGUCAAUCCGAUUACUCCACGGGAGAUGAAGCCACCUGUAGGGCACCAUUGUGUUACGGCCAGCACAUUGAUAUAGUCGAGUUGGCUCCAGUCAUGUACACUGAUGUCCCACCUCUCUAAAUCCAGAGGCAUGUGAUCUGUUGCAUGUUUGACCUAGGUGUUCUACGACUUGUCAUUCAGGUGCCAUUUCCACCUAGACUUCCAAUUUAACGCCAAGCAUCCUUCAUCAUGGUCAAAUUUGGCCUUGUCUUCUCGUGACUUCUCGACAAAGCUGAUGUACUCAUUCAGACUACUGCAAGGCUCCGGAGAACCACACCUUUCUUCUUACACGUUCAGCAGCCUGCAGUGAGCAUGCGGUCUCCCAGUUUGACGCGAAAUGGUUCCGAUUAUUCCCCAGGUACCAAGCCUCAGUGGCUUUUCCCCUCCAUAGUCAUGCAUAGGCAGCUAUCAAUCAAACAGUGUUCAGGUGC